UGUGCGCGCUUGCGACGCUCGAGCAGAGGGCUCGCGGUUAAUAUACAGAGAGAAGAGCAGCAUCCUCAGUUCAGAGAAGGUGGGUGUGACUGACAGCAUCUGUCCUACCGACACACUGCACAGGAGCUAUCUGUCCUCUGUAAAUUUACUUGCAAGCACACUCGAGAUGGCAGCCUCUGAAGAUAUCCAGGUCAAGGAGCUUGACAAGCGGGCCUCUGGCCAGGCCUUUGAGGUCAUCCUGGGUGCUCCAGCCCCUGAUGCCAAGGGUGAGUUCCCCCUUUCGCCUCCCAAAAAGAAGGAUGUCUCACUGGAAGAGAUUCAGAGGAAGCUGGAUGCUGCGGAGGAGAGACGCAAGAACCAUGAAGCCGAGGUUCUGAAGCACUUGGCUGAGAAGCGUGAGCAUGAAAAGGAAGUGCAACAGAAAGCUGUGGAGGAAAACAACAACUUCAGUAAGAUGGCAGAGGAGAAGCUUAAUCAGAAGAUGGAGGCCAACAAAGAGAACCGCACAGCAAUUAUGGCAGCAAUGAAUGAGAAAUUCAAGGAGAAGGACAAGAAGCUGGAAGAAGUCCGAAAGAACAAGGAAACCAAAGAGCCCGACUCAGAAGAAGGCACUUCGGAAGACUGAAGGUUACCAAUGGGGGAUUGUAUAGGGUUUUUUACGUAUCCAAAGAUUGAUUUAUUUUUUGUUCAGCCAGUAUUUUUGUUGUUCACUACCCACCUUUUUGAAAUACAUACAGGCUCCACUUUGUGAAUUUUUCAAUUCUCCUGCUAUAAGUGUACUUGCGCUUGUUUUACAUGUGAAUCAUUUCCCUCUUGUUGAGUCUAAUCCAUCUGAUAUGUAGCUUGUCAGUGCAGCUUCUGCCCUUUUUUUGAAAAUUAGCAGUGUGUACUUAUCCUUUUUGGGGAAGCAUGUUUCUAUGCAUAGGUCUUUUAUUCCUACCUAUUUCAUAGUGCGUUUUGAAAAUGUUCCUGUGAACUGCACCUGUUCUUGGCACUUACUGUAUAUUUAAAAAGAAAAUGAAGAAAAGAAAAGUAGCACAAGGUUUGAUCAAGGCAUUGGCUGUUAUACAUGCAGGUGUUUAGUGCAGCUUUGCUACCCAGGUUCUGCUAGUUUGCCCCCCCCCCCCUGCAGAUCAUGUUCUGUGCCGCUGCUGAUUCUUCGCUUUUGUAAAAAUAUGGGGUUGUCUUCAAAGCACAUGACUUCUUGCUGUAUAGCUGUGAAUUAACAUGCCAGACAUGGAAAUGGAUGUCAUCUUGAACAGCACUGAACAGGGGUCUACACAUGGAAUGCAAAAGAGCAAUACACUUUGGCAUCUCAAUAGAUACAGUGGCUAGUUGACUUGAACUGUUGUACUAAAACAAAUAAAAAAAAAUGUAAACACA